AUGGAGCUUCUUGACGACGUUCGCCACAUCAUCGAUGAGGCCAGCUUUGGCUCAUUCUACAUGGGGCUGUCACGGCUCAUAGCGAGCCGGCCUUUAUUGGGCACCUUAGUAGAGAGGUGGUGGGAUACCACUGAUUCUUUUCACUUCUCUACCACAUGGGAGAUGACGAUGACUCCCUUCGACUGCUCUAUGCUCAUCGACAUAAAGAUGGGGGGUCAUCCGAUUCCUUAUGAUACUGAUAUGGGCGAGUGGGAGGCUGCUCAGAUUUACCUGUUGGGGAUUCGCCCACCUAUCUCCCUAUUAGGGAUGGUUCGAUACUCCUGGUUCGCAAACCACUACAGAGGGACGGCACCAGCGACCCGAGAGGAGACCGAGCAGUAUGCUCGAGGUUUCCUGAUGUUCCUGUUUGGCACUAUCUUGUUCGCCGACCGGGCGAACACCGUCAGGCUAUACCUCAUGAGUGCCCUGAUGGAUCUAUCCCGUGUCCGACUCUACGAUCAGAGCGGCGCUAGCUUGGACACCUUAUACGGGUACAUGGAUUCGACCUCCAGCCGAAGCGGACAUUUGAUAGAAGGCUACUGGAAGGCCUAG